CUAAUGUCCAUUUGCUCCUCUUUAGCUACUCCAGAGUAACUGUGUGUGUUUUUGCCACUGUCACGCCUGAAUGUCCCCAUUGUGGGACAAUAAAGUUAUUUCUUAUCUUAUCUUAAAAGCCACACCAGCGUUAAAGUGUGUGAAAUAAAGCACUAAACCUUUUAAAGUAAAGUCAGGGGUGAAUACUUGACUAGAGGCCAAAGUGGGACAGGAUUUGGACACGGCUCAGAGCCUCAGACAUCAACCAACCGUCUGAGCAACAAGUUGGCCUGAGCAGCAGAGACAGCUUUAAAACAGUUAGUUAGUAGUAAAAGCAGCUUGUCGUUGCACGGCCUCUUCCUUUUUCCAUUCCACGCCGGCGUCUCCAGAGCCGUGAGUAGGUGGGACCUGGAGGUUAAAGUCCUUUCCUGUUCCGCUGUUUGCAAGGUUGCACAGAUCUUUUGCUGUUUCCUGCAGCCCAUUCUGCUCGAUUGCUGCUGUGAUCGUCUCUUAACUCCCUUCUAGGCCGGGAUCAAUCUGUCAUCUCUGCAGGAGAAAUGGCCACAGCUGGGAAGGUCAUCAAAUGCCGGGCAGCAGUGGCCUGGGAGCCCAACCAGCCUGUGGUCAUAGAGGAGAUAGAAGUUGCUCCACCACAGGCCGGCGAGGUCCGCAUCAAGAUAGUAGCGACAUCGGUGUGCCACUCGGACCUGUACCACCUUCUGGAGAGCAUGAACAAAGAUGGCUUUCCGACGGUCCUCGGCCACGAGGGCGCCGGCAUCGUGGAGAGUGUCGGACCUGGAGUCACAGAAUUCCAGCCCGGAGACAAGGUGAUUCCUCAUUUCCUCUGCCAGUGUAAGGAGUGUCGUUUCUGUAAGAGUCCAAGGACUAACCAGUGUGAGAGAGCAUGGACCAGAGUCCGUCAGGAGAUUAUGGCCGGAGUUGAGUCCAGGUUCACCUGUAAAGGGAAGAGAGUCCACCAGUUCAUGGGGACCAGCACCUUCUCCGAGUACACGGUGAUUAACCAGAUAGCUGCCACCAAGAUCCACCCGGAUGCUCCUCUGGACAAGGUCUGCCUCCUCGGCUGUGGGAUCUGCACCGGCUACGGAGCAGCAGUGAAUACCGCCAAGGUGGAAGCGGGCUCCACCUGUGCUGUGUUUGGUCUGGGAGCCGUGGGCCUGGCUGCAGUCAUGGGCUGCAAAGCUGCAGGAGCCCAGAGGAUCAUCGCCGUCGACAUCAACCCCGAGAAGUUCGAGAAGGCCAAAGUGUUCGGUGCCACUGAUGUUGUGAACCCCAAAGAUCACAGUGAACCCAUCCAUGAAGUGAUUGCUGGGAUGACCAAUGGGGGAGUGGACUUUUCUCUGGAGUGUGUUGGGAAUGUGGAGGUCAUGCGCAGCGCGUUGGAGUCCAGCAUGGAAGCCUGGGGCGUCAGCGUGAUUGUUGGCUGGACCGACAUGUACGACAUCGCUAUCCGGCCCCGGCAUCUCAUCUGUGGACGCACGUGGAAAGGCACGGUGUUUGGAGGGUUUAAGGCUAAAGACGGUGUGGCAGCGAUGACUAACGCCUACCUGGAGAAGAAGGUGAAGCUGGACGAGUUCAUCACCCACAACAUGGCGCUGGACCAAAUCAACGACGCCAUUGAACUCAUGAAGAACAGCAAAUGCAUCCGGGCCGUGGUGGAAGUUUCUCCUCCAUAACUCCAAGGCGAUGCUUUCAGAGGCGACAAACAUGACCAGCACAGAAUGAUGAGAAGAUUUCUACUCUAAUCAGAUGAAAUCCCACCGGGUUGAUCAGCCAAACAGCCGCCGGUGUUUUUAUUAAUAAAGAAAGAAGCAGAUGCUUCCUGACAUCUUU